UCAGCGCUAUCAGUGUCCACGACAGUGUUUCGCCGGUACGGUCGUUCUUUGACAGUAUUCACAGUACAGUAGUAGUGCGCGUUCGCAACACCUAUCAACACAGUGCGCGCGAGUUUUGUCAUUCGAGAUCGUGAUUUUUUUUUUUUUUUUUUUUUUUCAAAUUUUUUUUUAAAAAAGUUAUACUUUUUUUUUUUUUUUUUUUUUCAUUUCGUUUCACGUGUGACCGUGGUGAACGUCGAUCUGUACGAACGCGCAGAGACUACGCAUGCACGCACCAAUCGAGAAUUUCUCGCACAACCGAUAAACACAAUAAUAUAAUAUUAUAAUUUAGGUAUACAUACAAACAUAUAUUGCCGUGUAACUUACAUCCCUAAUGUAGAGAAAUCUCGUGUACUAUACGGUACUAAUAAUGUGUGAUUAUUAUACCGAUGUGUUCGAUAACGUAGUUCACAGUGAAUGGUUGACGGACGAGUUACGGUGACGGCAGGCCUAAAAUGGACAAGAAACGAUGACCCUCGGCAACGAUUGGACGGCGGACGAUGACGCCGUUUCAGUGGACACUGGUCGCAGCAGUACUGGUGCUAAGUAGCCAAGCAAUCAGUGCUCAAAGUUUAUGCGAUACACCGCAGUGCGAAUGCGAUGACACUCAGUCACAAGUCCGGUGUUCAUGCCGAAAAGUACCACAAGAAUCGCAGGAAAUCGUAUUGAAAGCUCAAGGACCGGGACACGUACCCCGAGUGGCCAACAACGUGAUGGUGACGCACUGCGAUCGGGUCAAGGUGAUGUCAAUGGCGUUCGACGGGGCCAGACUGCUGUGGACCGUGGACAUCGAGUCGGUGCAACUACUGGAAAUGGCAGACGAGGCGUUCGGGUGGUCGGAUAAUGGUGGGGGCCAGCAACAGCAGCAUCAGCAUCAGCCGCACCACCACUACCAUCACCAGGGCCUGACGGUGACCAUAACGAACGUGACGGCGGUACCGGAGGUGCCCAGCUACGCGUUCCGCGGCCGGCUGCGGUCGGUGACGUUCAACAGGGUGCGCGUCGGAGUGGUGCGGCCGUUCGCGUUCAGCAGCUUGACGGGCACGACGGGACGGAUUGAAUUCCGGGACACGGUGUUCGGGCAGGUGGACCAGCAAGCGUUCAAGAAGUUCACCGUCAACGAGUUCGUACUGAAGGGGUGCCGGUUCGAGGGCGCGGCGCCCAGCCGGAUGCUCACCGAGAUCACGGUGCACGACGAGCUGCGGCUGGAGGAGGUGACCUUCACCGGGGUGGUGCACAGCUACGCGUUCCGCGUGCACGGGCCCAAAGUGUUCCGGGUGCAGAACAGCCGGGCUACGUGCGUGCAAAGCGACGCGUUCGAGGUGAAGUGCCGCGGACCGGCGUUCGUAGAGGACAACGCGUUCGGCCGGCUGGAGCGCGGUGCGUUCGCGGCCGUCACCGUGGACGCGCACAAGGUAGCUGAGGCGGACUACCAGGAGUUCGUGUUCGAAAACAACACGGUGGCCGAAUUCGAGAACGACGCGCUCGUGUUCGACACCAACGGGUUCAGGCCACGCGUCGACUGGCUGAUCGUGGGCCGGGCGUGCGGGUGCCCGGCCCGGUGGCGCAACGACCUGGUCGCGUUCUCCACCGACUACCCGCGGCAUACCGAGCGCCCCGUCUGGAUGGUCGAACAGACCGCGUGGUGCGCUACGCCCGACGACGACGGCGUCGGCGACUUCGGUCGGUUGGUCAAAGCGCAGCAGUACGACGAGGCGCAUUGUUUGCCCGGCGGCGGCCGCGGUACCGGCCUCGGCCGUUUCCACCUGACCGGCGUGGCCCUGAUAGCCGUGGCCACGCUCACGGCCGCGCUCAUCUACUGGGCGUGGUACAAGAAACGCAAACGUGGCCAGUGGACGAACGUACCGGCCUCGUCGCCGGUGAAAACGCGUUCGAUACUAAAAAGCGGUGGCGGUGGCGGCGGCGGUGGCGGCGGUGACAAGCACAGGCACGUGAUGGUCAUGCCCGAGGGAAAGACUUACAGAGAGACCGAGUUGCACGUUAUCGUGGAGCGUACGGGAACGACGGACAACCAAUUCAAGUCCACGGCUAACUACCACCAGAGAGCUCAACCUUUGACCAGUGACUUGUAACCGACUUUUUUUCAGACUCCUAAACGUAUUUGUUUUUAUUUUUAUUUAAUGUAACCCGUCCCCUGCAACUAUUGUCUGUAUUGUAAAAAUAUGAUUUAUACGUCUGUA